AGUCGUUCAAAUUUCAUGUUUUUUUUUUGAGAAAAAAAAACUUUAUUUGUCCGAUCGAAAAGUUUUAAUAGACAGUCGGAAGGUCCACGACAGAAGGAUAACACUAAGCUAGCUAGGCUAAGCGAUAUGGUAACCUGCUUGAUCCCACAAACCGUACUGCAUCUUCUUCGCUUGCACGUUCGCCUGUAGUCCUUUUUCUCUCAGCAAGUGAUGGAGGUGAAUGAGGGAUACAGGAUGGAGCAGCAGGCUUAUGAUGAUCUGUCCCUGAGUCAGAGUCUCCCUCUUAGUCAGGACUCGUUCAAGCAGCUGUGGGACACCUUUUCAGGUCACAGCAGCUGGAAUGCUUGCGUGGAGGAUCUAUCACUCUUACCAGACCCUAGUCUCUCACUUGGUUUUGAUGAGGAUGUGCUUGAGUUGCGCCCAGAUGUGCUUGAGACCCAGACUCCCUCAGCCUCCACCGUGCCGACUGCCACCGACUACCCUGGGGAAUAUGGCUUCCAACUGCGCUUCCAGAAGUCUGGCACAGCCAAAUCUGUCACCUCUACUUAUUCCGACCAGCUGAAUAAGUUGUAUUGUCAGCUGGAUAAGACAUGCCCUGUGGAGGUUUAUGUGGCCAAAGAACCCCCACAAGGUGUCUUGCUCAGGGCCACCGCCAUCUACAAGAAGACUGAGCAUGUGGCCGAUGUGGUUCGCCGCUGUCCCCACCACCAGAAUAAGGAUUCUGUGGAACAUUGCAGCCAUUUGAUCCGGCUGGAGGGCACUCAAAGAGCCAAUUACUUGGAGGACCCCCACACCAAGAGGCACAGUGUUCUUGUACCAUAUGAGCCCCCACAGCUGGGCUCUGAUAUUACCACGGUUCUGCUGAACUUUAUGUGCAACAGCUCCUGCGUGGGGGGCAUGAACCGCCGUCCCAUCCUCACCAUUCUCACCCUGGAGACAGCUGAUGGUCAGGUCUUGGGCCGAAGGUGCUUUGAGGUGCGCGUGUGUGCUUGUCCUGGCAGGGACCGCAAAACCGAAGAAGCAAAUGCCAACAAGGCACAGAAUGGCACCAAAUUGGUCAAGAAAAGAAAGUUCCCACCUGUCCCAGAAGCGGCGGUCAGAAAAGCAAAGACUACCUCUGGCACAGAGGAUGAUGAGAAAGAGGUCUUCGUGCUCCAUAUUCAUGGACGGGAGCGCUAUGAAACUCUAAAAAAGAUCAAUGAUGGCCUGGACCUGCUGGAUAAAGAGAACAAAGCCAGAGCCCUGGUGCCGUCCACUGGGAAGAGGCUGAUGCGGAAGGGAGACAAGAGCGACAGCGACUGAUGGGGAGCGUGUUAAAGAUUAUCCAAACAAAAAAAAAAAAAAACUGGUUCUUUAAUUUGUGUUCAGUUCUGACAACUUUACUCAUUUUUGUAUGUCCUGACACACAGCCCCUUUUUAUAAGUUUGAACCGUCUACUUUGUGUUACAUGUUUCGUCUCCAUCUGUUGUGUUCUAGUGGUUUUUGGUGCCAGGUUUUGGCAAGUUGGACUAAUAUGUUGUAUAUUGCUUUCCGUCAGUACUUUUGCUCAUCAUGUAAGCAUCGUUCUAAAAGCUGAAAGAAACCACUUUUGUUUUUUUUAUACUGCCAAAAGAUUCGCAUAUGCAUUUCUUGUUCGUUUUUUUUUUACUUGUUUCUAUAGAUAAAUAUUUUCUUGCAAGCUUAGUUUUUUUGUACGAGUAUCUUUCUAUAUCGUUUUUUUGUUUAUUUUUUCAUGUUCCUAACUUUUUGUAUAUCAGGUUUUUGUACCCAUUUAAAAUGGUGGUGCUGUUGGCAUCUGUUCAAUAUGUUUGUCAAAAAAAUAGAUUAAAAUAAAUGGGAUGCAAA